UGAGAACUUGUCCCAAUGUCAAGCUUCCCAAUACCCUCUAUAUCAUACCUGAAUCAUGCCUAUGCUGCUAGCCUGCCAAACAUCUACUGUACUGAGUUAUUACCCCACGUGUAUAUAUUUAAUUUUGUAUUUUAUGUCGAGGUAAUAACACAAUCUAAUUCGAAGAUGAAGACGUUAAAGGAGACGGAAUUAAUUGGAUUUGCUGACCCGACUGAUGUUGACAAUGAUGAUGAUAAUGAGUGUUUACCAAAAGCGAAGGCCCCAAAGAAGUGCAGUGGCUUUCAAGGAAUGGGAUUGAGCUUUCCUUUGUUGAAAGGAAUCCUAAAACGAGGAUAUAAAAUUCCUACUCCUAUUCAGAGAAAGACAAUUCCAGUUGCCCUGACAGGUCGCGAUGUAGUCGCCAUGGCUCGCACGGGUAGUGGUAAAACAGCUUGUUUCCUCAUCCCCCUCUUUGAAAAACUGAAAACAAGAAAUGCAAAAGCUGGAGCUCGAGCUCUGAUUCUCUCCCCUACGCGAGAACUCGCUCUUCAGACAUUAAAGUUUAUCAAGGACCUCGGAAAGUUCACAGGCCUCAAAUCAGUAGCGAUUUUAGGAGGAGAUAGUAUGGAUAAUCAAUUCAGCGUUCUUCAUGGAAACCCGGAUAUAAUCGUCGCGACUCCAGGUCGUUUUCUUCAUAUUUGCGUUGAGAUGGAUCUAACUCUUAAAAAUGUCGAGUUUGUCGUCUUCGAUGAAGCGGAUCGACUCUUCGAAAUGGGAUGGGGGGAACAGAUUCAUGAGAUCACCAAUCGUUUGCCAGAGAACAGACAGUGUCUUCUCUUUUCUGCGACGUUACCGAAAGUUCUGGUGGAAUUUUCAAAAGCUGGACUCAGCGAUCCAGUUCUGAUUCGUUUAGAUGUCGAGAGUAAAUUGCCUGAUGAGUUGACUUUGUCAUUCAUCGCUUGUAGGAAGGAAGAGAAGUUGGCAGUGUUGCUGUGUCUUUUGAAAUACGUCAUUGCCAAAGACUCUCAGACAGUGGUUUUUGCAGCCACAAUGCACCAUGUUGAGUACAUCCACAUGAUUCUGGACCAAGCUGACAUCACUAAUACCUUUAUUUACUCGAAUCUUGAUGCCUCCGCCCGAAAAAUCAACGCAGCUAAGUUUCAUUCCGGGAAAGUGAGAGUCCUCGUUGUAACAGAUGUUGCAGCUCGUGGACUGGAUAUUCCACAUCUAGAUAACGUCAUAAAUUUUCAUUUCCCAGCGAAAAGUAAAUUGUUCGUGCACAGGGUGGGACGUUGUGCCCGAGCGGGACGAUCUGGAACUGCUUACAACAUCAUCGCCAGAGAUGAAUUUCCGUAUUUGUUGGAUCUACAUCUAUUUCUGGGCAUGAAGAUGAAUAUUCUACCGGCCGACGGUGAGGCUGAUGGGAAGGACAAAAACCCGGUACAGGGAGCCAUUGGCCGAAUGCCUCCGUCAAUGAUCGAACAGGAAUUGACCGAGCUCAAUACCUGGCAUGAAACUAUGACAGACCUGAAAAAUAUGGAUCAGGUCUCUAAAAAUGGAUACCAACAAUAUCUAAGAUCUCGUCCAUCCGCUUCAGUGGAUUCGGUAAAACGUUCUAAGGAUCUCGAUAUCUCCAGCGCAGGUGUCUUCACUGAUUAUGAAGAUCUCGGUCCUAAAGUCGCAGAUUUUCUCUUGCAGAUGAAGAAAUACCGUCCCACGGGAACAAUUUUUGAGAUAGGAAUGAAGCCCUCGUCAAUGGAUUACAAGAUUAUGAAGACAAAACGACAAUUUCACAAGAAUGCUAUUGAGACGUUCAAGGGACAAGAAGAUGAACGCAAAGAAAAUGCUAAAAAGUUUGUGACCAAAGAACGUGAGACAUCUCAACUCGACAGUAGCAGUUCUGCGGAUAUUGCUGGGGUCUUCAGCCAGGUCAUCACUGAUAAAAAGAGGAAACUGGAUGAUCUCUAUAGAGAAUCAAAAAAGAAGAGGAAGAGAAGAGAAGUGCAAGAUCCAGAAUUUUACAUUCCUUAUUCAGCGGCGGAUAAACAUACUGAAGAAGGUUUAGCUGUUAAUAGUUUUGCUACGGCAGCUGAAAAGGUUCAGAUGGACUUGACAGCUGAUAACGAAGAGUCCAGAAGGUUGGAAACACAAGUGAAGAAGUGGGACAGGAAGAAGAAGAAAAUGAUCACUCUUAAUAGUAAUUCGAAAGUGGGAAAGAUCAGAACUGAAUUUGGCACUUGGAUACCGGCGACGUACAAAACCAAGCGAUAUGAGCAGUGGAAGGAGAAGUCGAAAAUUGGGAAUGACAGUGAUGGUGAUGAAGAGGAAGCUGAGGACAGCAGGAGGCUGAAGACAACGUCGAAUACUCAUUGGGGAAGACACAAUCAGAAGUUGAAAGAGAAAAUAAGAGGAAGAGGAGAACUGAAGACUCCGGAGCAAGUGAUGAAGUUGAGAAAAUUACAGGAGAAAAAGAAAAACAGGGGAAAAAAAGGAAAGGGGUCUAAAGGAAAACGGAGAGGUAGAUGAGGUUCAUGAGAAUAUUUUUAUGAAGUGUUAUGAUGAGAUAAUAAAAUGGAAAAUUUGGAAUUAA